GGUGUUCAUUAGCGUCGUUAGGUCUUGUUGGCCAGUGAGCGCACAUUCCCCUUAAUGACUGCAGCACGACAGUGUUUUGCCAAAGGACACUUGAACACAUGUGCAGGCAGAUUGGGAAUCAAACCUGCCUAAACUGCUCCACCUCUGCAUCAUGACCAACCCCCCCACUAAAGUGAAGAUUGCUUGGUAUCUGUUGAAGGCCAUGUGAUUGUUCAUUUAAGUACAAAUCAAUAAGAAAUGGACUUCUACUGUCUUUCAGGCAUCAACAAAACUCUUUGGGAUGAAAUAAAACAGCUGAAAAAUCAGACUGAAGUCUAUGAAGGUAAUCGGUGUCCUGAAGGAUGGAAGAGAUUUGGAAGCAGCUGCUACUAUAAAUCUACUGAGAAGAAAUAUUGGAUGGACAGCAGGAGUUUCUGUCAGGAUGAAGGAUCUGAUCUGGUGGUGGUGAACAGCAAAGAGGAACAGGAGUUUGUUUCUGCAUUGAAUCAGAAAGCAGAAUCCUGGAUCGGUUUGAUUAAUUUAUGGUCAUUACCGAAACCUGAAUGGAAAUGGGUGGAUGGAUCACCACUGACAGAAACGUUCUGGGAUGAGAGGAUUUCAAAAGAUCCGGACGGCUACAGCGAUGCAGUGUCCUUAAGUGCUGACGGGAAAUGGACACGACAGUAUGUAGUAAACAACAAAAACUGGAUCUGUGAGAAAAACAUAAAAUUCUGAAUAUUUCUGUUUCUGAUCUGUGCAUUGAUUUAACUGUUUAGUAAUGUAACUACAAACAUGCUUUAUCUUUUUUAUUUCUUUUUGUGUACUUCUACCAAAUAGUGCUUAAAGGAAGGUUGUAUUUUAGUUUCUGGUGAAUUGUUCAGAGAAAUGAAGGUGUCAUCUAUCAACAACUUCAUCACAUUUAAAUAUCAGUUAAAAUGACUCAGAUAAACAGGAAACUGUAAUAAAUGACAUGAAAACGAGCUAACUUAGAGCAGCAGUUCAGACUCAGGUUUGGUCUGUAGCAAAUAACAAACAGCUUCCACAAAGUCAACUGAAAAGUUACAUCUAGAAAGGGAAGUCAAUGUUUGGAACAUUUUUCUGUAUUUUCUCAUGAUUUUGAUGGAAUAUUAAAAGAAUUUAUGAUGGAAAA